AGGAACGAACUAUAUAUGGCUUCAGAAGCUAAUAAUCCUUCAGACUUGGAGAAUCUUUUGGAUUUUUCAUACCUUGUUGAUGAGGAUGAUAUUAUUGUUGAAGAUUAUGAUACACGACAAGCAUGCGAAAGGGAAGAACAUGAACACGAUGAAUUGAAAGAGUUAGCAGAACUUCCACCAUCACUGAGGUUAACACUAACGAUAACACCAUCUCUGGUGCAAGAAAUAGAGGAAAAAGUGAACGGUGGUAGUGUUUAUGAUGAUGUAGUAGAAAUUAGAACUUCUUCUCCUUCUCCUUCUUCUCCAUGCAUCAACAAGGUUGAGAACAAGUUGAAGGCUGUGCACUUGCCAGUUUGCUCCCUUGCAAUUGGGUGUUACUUGAUAGAAGCUCAAUAUCCAGCACACUUGGUGGCCAAGUUUUACUUUAGCAAGCGAAAACUUGUGUGGGAGAUAUUAGAUAAGGGUUUGAAACAUAAGAUUGAAAUACAAUGGGAGAAUAUUUCAGCCAUUCAAGCAAGCAUUCAGGAAAACAAACCUGGCCAUCUAGAAAUUGAGCUUGAUAGAGUGCCAUUUUUCUAUGGCGAGACUACCCCACAGCCUAAAAAGCAUACUGUAUGGUCUGCAUCCCCUGACUUCACUGGAGGUUAUGCUUCCAAAUACAGGAGACACUCCCUUCAAUUUCCUCCUGGAGUUCUUGACCAGCACUAUGUUAAGCUUCUACAAUUGGACAGAAGAUUGUUGGAGUUGAGUGGGACACCUUUUCCUAGAUUCAAAUCUUGUUAUUUUGAUUCAUACCUAGAAGAUGAAGAGACAGCAGCAACACACAUUCGUUUUGGUCAUCAUCGUGAUCUAUAUGCACAUGGGUCAACAACCACCAACCAAGCUAUGGAAAGUGAGAAACUAUAUUUCAGUGCCUUUAAAGAACCAACUUCAUUUCCUUCAUCAGCAUCUACUUUUGAUCUCCCUCAACAAGUUCAGCUAUAUCACAAUACAAUGCCAUUGACCACAUGUGCCGUUACUGAAUCAUCUACUCCUCUUUCUUCUGGCAAUUGCUCUCCUACAAAUGAGGAAAUCAAGAAUCAACUGCUGCAAGUAGAUCAUGGCAUGUAUGACCCUUUUGACAUUCAACAUAUUUUGUUCUACCAACAACGUAACUCAUUACAUCUCUUCAAAACAACAAGAGCUUGCUCAUAGACUCAUAUACCCUAAGAGGCUAACAAACUACUGCACCCUGCUCCUAGCUACGAGAAUGUGUUGGUCAAAUGCAAUUUCACCCACAGCUAUGAAUGGAAUUUUUCCUAACUUGUAAAAAGCUUUUGCAUUUUACAAAGCCAAAAGCAAACUACCGCCUAUUUAUUUACAUCUCACUUUGCUAUCCUCAUUUAAAAUGUAACGUGUCUUUCUUGGUAACUUCAUUUUUAAGCAAUAAUAAUUAUUGCAGACUCACUUUUGGCUUAACUAAGUAUUUAGUAAACCAUUUUAUCACUAUAUUCAAAACUUCAUUUUGAUAUAGAUCCAAAUAUUUCAAAAAAACAUUUAGUUUUGAUUCCCAGAAGAUUAUGAUAAAUAUAUUUUCAAGAAGCUUAAACUAUUAUUUGAAAAGACUCGAAGCAAAUUAUCGUAAAGUUUGAGACUUCAAGGACAUAGUACUUUGGUAUAGAAAUUAAGGUUUUCAAACUCAAUAGUUCACAUAAACUUAGGAAAUUUAAAUAAAGUUGGAU